AUGCCCUCUGAGACCCAACUUGACGAACUCCCCGCAGUGCGAGAGGGCACCCCAGCAGAGCCCCCAGUCACAGAAGAUAUAUCGGUCGAUAGGAUUACCAGUUUUCAUGGCAAGCUGAAUCGUUUCCUUCUCACAAACAGCAUGGCUGCCGAGUCCAUCAUCAGGCCAGUCAGUCCCUUAAAAAGAGAACUCGAUGCCCUCGAACUCAAGCAAGAACCUACUGCCAGCGGCUUGGAAAGCAUGCCCUUCCAUGAACGAAGGAUGCGCAGUACCACAGCCAGUCCGAAAAGACCCAGAGUGGAACGAACCAUCACGACUACAGCCUCCACAAACCUCACCCAACCGCCUCGCAUCACCCGCUCACGUUCCUCAUCCUCCAUCCCACAAUCCCCAAUAGCUUCUCCCAAGAAGUCCCCCCGUCGAGGGAAGCCCCCUCCAACACACACCCCAACAGCCGCCGACUCCCUGCUCCGUGACACCAUUCCCCCAAACCUAACCCUCCUCCUCGUGGGCGUGAACCCAGGCAUCCUUACCGGUACAACGGGCUUCGCCUACGCCCACCCGUCAAACCUCUACUGGAAACUCCUCCAUUCCUCUGGCAUAACAUCCAUCCGACACCCGCCCUCAGACACAUACAAGCUUCCCGCGCUCUACAACGUGGGUAACACCAACAUCGUGGAACGCCCCUCCCGGGACGCAAGCAUGCUCAGCAAAGCCGAAAUGGACGCUGGGGUGCCCUUUCUCCAAGCCAAAAUCGCCGCGCAACGGCCCGAAGCUGUUUGUCUGGUCGGUAAGGGGAUUUGGGAGGCUGUGUGGCGUGUACGGCAUGGGCGGGGCAUUCGUAAAGAGGAGUUUCGGUAUGGAUGGCAGGAUGAGGCGGAGAAUAUGGGGUGUACGGCUGGGAGUGAGUGGGGUGGUGCGCCUGUGUUUGUGGCGACCACGACGAGUGGACUUGCUGCUGGGAUGAGUAUACCGGAGAAGGAGGCUGUCUGGGCGGAGUUAGGAGCUUGGGUUGUGAAGCGGCGGGUCGAGAGGGGGUUCAUUGCUUCCGAAGUCUGA